AUGCCACAGAUCCCCAAAACGGAACUACAUUGGACGGAGGGACACAGAUACUUCACCAUAGAGAGUCGUAUUGAGGGCGAAUCGCUUAACAAUGCGUUACCAAGAUUAACGCAGCAAGACCUCGCUCACAUCGGCCAGCAGUCAGGUCAGUAUCUUCUUCAUCUCAAGACCAUACUCUUCCACAUACAACAAGGCUCGACAGACGACGGGUCUACAACUAGCGUUUACGUACCAUUUACCUUUGGUCAUUCCGAGCUGCACGAAGGUAAUGUUAUGAUGAAAGAUGGCAGCUUUGCCGGGCGUAUCGGCUAG